AUGGUCUUCUCAGUUUACAUUAGACUGGCUCCAAAGACGGGUUUAACAGGCACUAAAACAUCAUUCAAAGGUCAAUGGAGGAAUAUAUCACUUCUUAAAAGAAUACUAUUUUUGGAUAAUUCUGAUAAUAAGGAUAUAUUAGAGACCCCCUUCUACAAAUGGGACGAAUCUCCGUAUGAAGAUAUCCGUAUGAGGGCGGCAUUCAUUCGAACCAAAGCACUCUGUCCAGUCACGAAGAAAUCUGUUAACUUUGUGUGUCCAUAUUCUGGUAUUCCGACCCAUCACUCGAAGGAAGCAUGGGAAGAAGACGAGGUAUAUCAGUCAGAGAAGAAAUAUGAACUUUUGAAAAAGGUAAACCUAUAUGAGCAUGAUUUGCGAUCUGGCCGUAAGUUUGAUGAAUUUGUUUUCCCAGGUCCACAGGAACACGAUUUUACGACUAGCAUGUCAUCUUGGGAUACUUUUUUCUAUACUAGAGAUUUCAACCCUAUGAACACUGAAUUCAACUUAGCUGCAGCAUCCAAAGUUUUAACUUAUCCCAUAACUAUCGCAUCUGUUAUGCAUAAGUUUUCACCAUAUGAUAUUGCGCCCAAGGGACCUAUUGCUUUAGAAGGUCUAAGAUCUUUAUCUGCACUUCGUUAUACUUUGUACCCUCCUUAUGCAAAAUCAAGGGAUACUUCGGGUACAUUUAAAGAAAGACCGAUGAGGAUUUUUUUGGUAGGAGCAAAGAUGGAAGCUAUGUUGCCAGGAUAUGUUUGGAAACAGUUUGGCUAUUUGUUUCCCGAAACUAAGUUUGAGAUUCAUUUCAUAGGACCUGAGUGCUAUUUUGAUCCUGAAACUAGAUCAUUUCAGUCUACAGAUCAGCCGCAUGGUCGGCCCAUGGUCAAUAAGUUUGACGAGCAAAUAUCGCUCCUUCACCAUACACAAUAUUUCAACGAUGUUUAUGAUACACAAGAUUUAUUUCCAUUUGAUCCUUACUUGGAUGUAUUUUUCUUGUUUCAUCCCGGUUUUACGACUGCUGAUGAGCUAGUGUGGGAUAAAUCUUUGAAAGGGUUAUUGGAGUCAAAAUGUGCUGUCUUUGUGACUGGAUACCAUGAACGGGAUAUACUGAGGGAGGUUGACUGGCUCAAAAAUCAUAAAUUGAAUAAAGAGAUGGACGUGUUGAUGGAUACGACAAAAAACAUUUUUGGAUCUACUAAAUUGGAUUUAAUGGAUACAAAUCCUACUGAAACAUUUCAAGCAAACAAUCAGAUAUUUGCCUUCAGGGGUAAAAGAUAUCAUGCAAUCAAGAAGUGA